CGUUGGUACGGUUUAUACCUCAGCGUCAUCAGUCUGCGUGAGGAAAAUCCUCAACUGAUAAACACGAAGAUAUAUUACAGCUUCAGAUGUGUGAGGGACCUUCAACAAUAUCUGGGCCAAUCCCCCCGGAUCCUUCACUGGUUCCCCAGUACUACAGACGACCUGCUUCAGCACGUGGCCGUUUAGAGGGAAACCCCGAUGCAACUUUGGCCCUGCUCUCGGGGCCCCUCGCUCCAGAUCCUGUGUUGUACCCCGGCUGUUACAGCGCUCGUACCCCAGCGCACCCUCCCCGUAUCGGCCCUAAUGCCUCUCAUAUUCUGGAACGAGGACGGAGAGGGGUAGUGGGGGAGCUGCUCAAACUGGACGGAGUCGCCAUCACCCCUGUUCCCAAACAGAAGCAGCGGGUACACGACUUUGGUAAAGAGAAUGUGCGUCGGCUCAGGGAGAUUCAGAGACGCUGCAAGGAGCAGGAGGCUGAGAGAGUACACGCUCGUCCGGUUCCAGUGAAAGCUCUUUGGACCUCCUCCAAAUACCAGAACGUCCCAUCCAGGGUGAUGGUCCAGCUACAGGUUUCCAGUCCGACUACUAAACCACAGUGUCAAAGCUUCCUGAAGGCCCACUCUACUGCGCCGCCAGCGUCGCACUCCAAAACCUCUCCUGUACCUUUGCGGCGCCCGGCUUCCUGCAGCUCCAUACAGGACCAGAACUUGCAAUUACAGGUUCAAGGCCAGUCGAUAGACUUCGUAAAACACAAUUCCCGGUCUGCAGGAAAAACUGUGCUGCGUCGGCCCCAGUCACUGACAAACCUUCAAGAGAAGCCCGUCCCCAGUGCAGUCAAGGGACAGGUGCCUCAGUAUCUUGAGGAAAGGAAGGAGCAGUGGCAUAAAGAGGCGGAGGAGAGGAGGAGGAACGCACCUGAUCCUACAGUCCCAGCGGGUCACACCCUGAUGCGCGAGAGUGAGAGACAGGAAACUCUGAAGUCCCUCAAAGAGACCCAUCGCUCCCUCGUGGCGGAGCUGCUGUCCCUCCCUCUCAAAGCUGACAGUCUGAGCGUUCGAGCACGUCGGGCUCAUCUCGAUUCUAGGCUGUCUGAAAUCGAGGAGGCUGUUAAAAUAUUCUCCAGGGACAGAGUUUAUGUAAAAAUAGAUUCCUAACACAUGAGGAGGAGGAGGAGGAGGAGGAGGAGGAGGAGGAGGAG